AUGGCUUCCCGACACCCAGAGGAGCUCUUUAUUGCUCUUCUCAGGUCAACCUACAGCAAUGCCGGUCACGGCCUUGUGCAACGCCGGCCCGCCAUAGCUCCAUCAAAGCUCCCCACGGCCACGCGAGGGCUGAGUUACCUCGCUCUAAGUCACACCCGGCCGCUUCGCUCAGCACAGGUGCAACGUCUUUCCGCGUCGAAUGAGAGGAGGAGAGGAUAUGCUGUCGCUUCCAAGCCGAAGCAGCCGCCGAAGCAGCCGCCGCCGCAGCAGAAGCGAGAGCCAAAACGCCAAAUUGCCGUCCUCGGCGGCGGUAUUACUGGUCUCACAGCUGCCCAUUACCUUGCGCGCAGCGCCCCAAACACACACAUCACCCUAUACGAGGCGAGCGACCGCCUAGGAGGUUGGAUUCAUGGCGUACCGACCGAGGUGAAGACGCCCGACGGCCAGAACGCUGAGGUGUUGAUGCAGCGGGGCCCUCGUAUGCUGAGGUCUGGGGCUUCGACACCCAAGUAUGAUGACUUGGUGCUGUACGAUGUGAUUGCCAACUUGGGAAUUCAAGACCAGAUCAUAUACCCCAAGGGAGCCGCCGAAUCGCGUUACAUUUAUUAUCCCGAUCAUCUUGUCCAACUACCCAAAGCAGAGCCUUCGUGGGACAAUAUCAUAAAAGCUAUAAGAUCUUACUUUUCAGAGUCCCUAUGGGACGGUGUUUUCAAUGCUGCAUCGGGCUGGGCGAUGCGUUUUUCCCGCACUACUGACGUUGUAGAACAAAAAAGAAAAGAAAUCACAAACAAGGCGGCAGCAUUCGACAAGGACGAGACUGUCGCCGAGUUCCUUGGGCGAAUCUUUGGCGAUCGAAAUUCCCCCGUGAUCGACAACAUGGUCUCACCAAUGCUUCACGGGAUUUAUGGCGGCGACGUCCACAAGCUGAGCGCCAAGCACACCAUUUUUGAGAAAUUCUGGCUACAGGAUAUGUAUCCAUUGUACAAUGGUGAAGCGUGGGUCUGGAGGAAGGACCUGCAUCUGCACAAUGAUAUCUUGGAUGGACCGAACCGGCGCGCCGUCAUUCAGAUGGCCGAGAGGGGGACGCACCAUAAUCUAUUGGCAUUCCGUGACGGUCUUGUGACUCUCAUCGAUGCACUGACGACAGACCUUGCACGUUGCAAGAAUGUUACCAUCAGAACCGAUACACCUGUCUCGGCACUGGAACUAAAGGGCAAUAAAAUUGUUGUCAGCAAAGCUGGCAACGAGAAGCAGUCCCUAAUGUACGAUCAAGUGUUGAGUACGCUAUACGCUGGACAUCUUGCACAAAUUGCCCAACCAGCAGACUCGCUCCCCUCGCUUGCCGAUAUCGAAGCUGUUACCAUCAUGGUAGUCAACCUCUGGUACCCGAAUCAAGACUUGCUUCAAGACAACCCCGGUUUCGGAUACCUUAUCCCUCAGUCGGUACCACCAGAUGAGAACCCUGAGUGUGCUCUCGGCGUGCUCUUCGACUCGGAUAUUGAGAUGGGAAAUGAGACCAAGGGCACGAAACUCACAGUGAUGCUAGGCGGACACUACUGGAGCGACUGGUCCAUCCUGCCAGACGAGGAGAUGGCCAUUGCAAUGGCCAGAUCUAUCGUGGAACGCCACCUUGGUAUCUCGCAGAGCGAGCCGUUCAAGGCUGGCGCUAAAAUGUGCAAAGACUGCUUGCCGCAACACACGGUUGGUCAUGUCGAUCGCCUCCGUAAAGCUCAUUACGAGCUCUCGGCCGCCUUUCAGGGUAAGCUCAUGGUAGCCGGACCCAGCUACACUUCUGUGGGCGUCAUUCCAGCCAUGCGUGCUGGUUACGAUGCAGCCAUGCGCAUGGCCCAGGGGCACGGUCAUCCAUGGUCUACGCGCCUAGACGAAGACGGGGGCGUGUGGCACUGGCACAACGAUGCCUACGUUCGCGCCAAAAAGGUUUUCGGCAAUGUCAGCAGGGACGAGCCCAUGGAUCAUGUGGGGUCUACAGGUCUGGAAUGGACCACGGAAAGCCAGAUUUUGCAAAUGAGCGCAAUGCCUGCUAAGUAUAUGUUCUUCAAGAAAUUUACCGGGCCAGGCGAGAGAUUCUUGGAUCAGGAAGGAAACUGGAGAGUGGAUCCGGAGGCAUUGUUCAAGAUCCCUCCGGAUCUGCCUACAGGAGAGGAGGAGGAGACUGUACAACCACCCAAGGGUAACGAUAAGUGA